ACAACAUGAUUGAGGAUGGUGCAUGAUGCAAAUUCAAUGAUAGAGCAAUUCACCCCAACUUUUUCAAACGAAAACGCUGCUGUCGAUAAGGCAACUUUCACAACGAAGAAAAAGAAGAAGAAGAAGAAUCGGAGAGAGAAAAUGAAGUCUAUACGAGACUGGCGUCAGGCUCUGCGCACCCCCCAUGUCUACAGAGUCGGAAACAGCACUUUCAGGGUACAGAGCCAGUUCCUGCUAGUUUUCGCCGCCGUAAUGACGGUUCUAGUGAUAUUCUACAUCUCCCCGAACCUUACCAGAAUCCUCAAGUACAGUUUCCAAAACUCUGGUGUUCCUGCCUCUGCCUGCCACUACUACAAGUACAACAAUACCUACCCGCUCACCAAGUCGGUCAGAACGAAAGUUGGCUUCUCAUUCAGGAUAGCCAUAAUCAGCGAUCUUGAUACGGAAUCAAGGAGCCCAGAGAGUCUGUACUCCUGGUACAGUAUCAUGAAACGUGGCAGUUUGCUCUGGGUUCCGGAGAGAAAUUUUAUCUCCGUUUCGUGGGACGAGAAAGAUAUCAUCCUCGGGUCUUCCCUAGCCAUGAAAGGUAGAGCCAUGGAACUCUCGGAGCUCGUCACUUUCGACGGAAGACUUCUUACCAUGGACGACAGAACGGGCAUGAUAUAUUCCAUCGAGGGAGACCAGGUGUAUCCGUGGGUUAUUUUGAUGGAUGGAAAUGGAAAGAAUCCUAAGGGGUUCAAGUCUGAAUGGGCGACCGUCAAGGAUGAACAGCUUUACGUCGGCAGCAUGGGCAAGGAGUGGACGACAAGCGCAGGCGACUUUGUCAACAAUAAUCCUCAGUGGGUGAAAACAAUCUCUGUACUCGGAGAGACGCAUUCGCUGAAUUGGGUUUCAAAUUACAAACGAUUGAGACAGGCACUCAACAUAGACUUUCCCGGUUAUAUGAUACACGAGUCAGGCGUGUGGAGCGACGUUCAUAAGAGUUGGUUUUUCCUACCAAGAAGAUGUUCGGAAGAACAGUACAACGAAACCAAAGACGAAAGCAUGGGCUGCAACGUGCUGCUAACGGCGGAUGAAAACUUUUUGAACAUCAAGGUAACCAGAGUUGGAACUCUAAUACCGAUACGAGGAUUCGCUAGUUUUAAAUUCUUGCCCGGUUCCAAGGACGAGAUAAUCGUCGCUCUGAAAACAGAGGAGAAUCAGGGCCGCAUGGCUACUUACAUUACCGCUUUUACAAUCGACGGAUUAUCGAUAUUGUCCGAAACCAAGGUUUCUGAUAAAAAGUUUGAGGGUAUCGAAUUCGUAUGAUAUACCAACGACAACGGACGUGACGAUUAUAUAAAACACCUUUACCAGGUACUCAUAGUAUAAUCUCAUGGCUAGAGUCUUGAAAUAAUCCGAUCACAGUUCCUGCAGCUCGUUUAAUAUUGUGUAUUAUAUUUUUACUUAUAUACAUGUAUGUAUGAGCGAGAGAAGAGACGUAAGGAAAUGGCGAAAC